UUAGAAAUGACAAAAAAAAAAAAGAAAUCUUAGUGACCCGCGGUAGAAUGGAUAGAAUUUUCUAAAUUUUCUUUGUAUAAAACGGUGUUACAUUUGUAAAUAGUGGAGAUUUGAAAAUGUUUACGCGGACACGUUUAUUCUUCUCUAAGGCUGUCCCGCUAAGAGUUCGUAAUAUUCACGGUUUUGGUUGUUGUUUGCAGAGUGUUUUAAAGCCGGAAUAUCAUAAUGAGCCUCGAUUCCUGUAUAGCAUCGCAGCGUCGAGGAAUCGUUCAACCACACCGCUGAAUACUAUUAUCAUGUUCGUGCCACAGCAAGAGGCAUGGAUCGUGGAACGAAUGGGUAAAUUCCAUAGAAUAUUGGAACCAGGUCUUAAUUUGUUAUGGCCUAUAGUGGACAAGAUAAAAUAUGUUCAGAGUUUGAAAGAAAUAGCCAUUGAUGUCCCAAAGCAAAGUGCCAUCACAUCUGAUAAUGUAACAUUGAGUAUUGAUGGAGUGUUGUAUCUGCGUAUCAUCGAUCCUUAUUUAGCUUCAUACGGAGUAGAAGACCCUGAAUUUGCUAUUACGCAACUAGCUCAGACCACUAUGCGUUCUGAAAUUGGUCAGAUAUCUCUGGAUAAAGUGUUCAGGGAGAGGGAAUCUCUCAACGUGUCCAUUGUGGAAGCAAUCAAUAAAGCCAGUGAAGCAUGGGGCAUUACGUGUCUGAGAUACGAAAUUCGCGAUGUGAAGCUGCCUUCCCGCGUCCAUGAAGCGAUGCAAAUGCAAGUAGAAGCAGAACGAAGGAAGCGAGCGGCCAUCUUGGAGUCAGAGGGCGUGCGGGCGGCCGACAUUAACGUGGCGGAAGGCAAAAGGCAGGCCCGGAUUUUGGCUUCAGAGGCAGAGAAGCAGGAGCAGAUCAACAAAGCGCUCGGAGAGGCACAGGGGAUGUUGGCCGUGGCUGAGGCACGCGCACGGGGGCUUAAACUCAUUGGCGGCGCACUUGGUAACAAGGACAGCAAACACGCCGCGUCGCUCACGCUGGCCGAACAGUACGUGUCUGCAUUUAACAAGUUGGCGCGCACCAACAACACGCUCAUCUUGCCUGCCAAUGCGGGGGAUGUCUCCAAUUUAGUUGCUCAGGCCAUGUCUAUCUACUCAACGGUUGCCGCACAAAACCUGCAGCCGCAGACUGAACCUCAGCAUGAAAUCACAGAAACUCCCUUAGAAGACCCUCUGGGCAAAUUAACAACAAAGGGCAUGACCAUAGCCGGACAAGCAGUGCCCACUGAAGACGACUUAGGCGAAUAUUACUCUGAUGACGACGAAAGGGCAAAAGCUCUGGCAGAAAGAAAGAAAGAACAGCAUUUAAAUAAGCUAGAAAGAGAUACAUAGAAUAUUUAAGUGUAGAAAUAUUUGUUGUUAAAUUAAAUAUUUAAUUAGCGAA